CAUAACUGCAUCCGCUACUCCGCCAGCCAUCCGCCAGGACCGCCACCGCCAGCCAUCUCUGUUCGAACAGAGAGUCAGAGAGUAGAGACUCUGUUCGAGUGUUCUCACUUCGCAUCCGCCAUCCGCACUUCACAGGCCGCAGCCGCCACUCCGGCCAGCCGGCCUUCGUCCACGGCUCCGCAGCGAUGGCUCGGCUGCUCUCACGCUCUUCACUGGCGACGGAGUAAUAGUGUCAUGCAUCAACUUGCUGUGACUACUUAAUUUAUGGUUUUGGUUGCUGUAUUGUGUGGACUGUGGUUGCUGUUUACUGAAAUUGGGGAUCGUCCCCAGUGGAAUGUUUAUGAGGACGCUCAACAAGUUUAGCUUUGCUCUCUUUUGCUCGGGGUUUAGUCUGCGAUUGUGGCGGCUAUAUGUUUCUUGGCAGAUUCUAUAAGAUAAGUGGCUCAUUGAGCUAUUUAACUUUGCAACUUCGUCAUUUUUCAGGAUCCAGAAAUGUGAACAAGGUGGCCUUGUACCUAGAGAGGGCGAGGCUCAUUGAUUCUAUAAGACUCAGUCUUCGGUCAGAUUCUGCAAACUCUCUUUCCUCCCUCCUUAGAAGCCCUGCUUUGGACUCUUUUGUAGUCACGAAUGCUCUUCGUUCAGCGCCGUCUCCUGAUUCUGCACUGUUUUUCAUUGAAUCUCUAAAAGCAAUUCCUCAUUUUUCACACACUACAAACACCCUUUAUGCAUUGGCUAAGAUUCUUGCCAAAUCAGGGCUGACGGGUAAGCUUAGAGCUCUGAUCAAUGGUAUUAACACAGGCAAGUUCACCAAUGUUGUACGUGUAAGUUAUAUGGACCGUAUGCGCUGGUAUGCUGCUGCUGGAGACCUCGAUGAGGUUUAUAACGUUUGGGAUGAAUGGAGGGGAACCUUGCGGAAGCAUCCGUGUACAGAAUCUUACAACAUUGUAAUUGACCUCUGUGCUAAAAAGGGAAAGGACUCUGAUGCCGUGAGGGUUUUUGAUAGGAUGAUAAAUGAUGGGGCGCUUCCGAAUUCUAGGACAUAUACUGUUAUAAUUGAUCAUCUUGUCAAAUCUGGGAAGUUUGAUUCAGCCACGGAAGUUUUCCGGGUCUUGCCGCAGAUGAGGAUAAAGCGCACAUUGAAGCAGUAUUCUAUCAUGGUGGGAGCAUUCAUUAGCAAUGAUCAGUUAGAUGCUGUCAAAGAUUUAUUUGAUGAAAUGAGGGCUGAUGGAAUAUUGCCUGGUCGAGCUAUGCAAUGGUCAUUGCAGCGAAUGCAGGAGGCAGGCUAUGGUGAAAGUGUCGAUGAAUUGAUCAGAGAAAUGCUUCCAGAUGGGAGGAUUAAGAGUAUUGCAUGUUCCAUGGAUGCUAAUGAGGAUGAGGAUGAGGAUGAUAAUGAUGAUGGGGAGGAAGAAAAUUCUGACUGUGUUUCUGAAGAUGCUGGAGAUCGACUUCAAUUGAAGCCAUGGCUGGACCCUGCUGCUUUGACUAGUGCAUUGGAGGAUGCAAAAUUUGUGUGGACAACUCGGUUAGUCUGCAAGAUGAUCCAGAACUUUAACUCUGCAGAAACAGCAUGGCAAUUCUUUUGCUGGGUUGCUUAUCAACCGGGAUUUACUCAUGAUUGUUACACAAUGUCAAGGAUGAUUACCAAGUUGGCUCGUCAUGGCUGUGUCCAUUUAGUCGAUAAACUUUUGUCUAAGAUGGAAAGAGAGGGUUUUAGGUUGUCAUUUAGCACCCUUAGAUUAAUAAUUGAUUUCUAUGGGAUUUCUGGUAAUGGUGAUGCUGCUUUAAAGGUCUUCCGCAACGUAAAAACAAUCUGUGGCCCUAUUUCUAAAACCAGUCAGUUGGUUCUGUAUUCAUCUCUCUUGAGGACAUUAGCGAAGUGCAAAAGGAAUUCUGAUGUCAUUACAGUACUCGAAGAAAUGAUUCUACUCGGGAUUUCUCCAGAUAGGCAAACAUAUUCUGGAUUGAUGCACCAUUUUGCCCUUCAAGGGGAUAUAAAAACAGUGCAGAGACUCUUUGGAAUGGUUAGGCAGGGUGGGUUGGAGCCUGAUGGUUUUAUGUAUAAGGUUCUCAUCCAUGCUUAUUGCAAGUGUGAGAGGGCUUCUCUUGCACAUAGAAUUUUCGAGGAUAUGUUGAAUUGUGGGCAAUUGCCUGAUGUCACAACCAAAGACUUGCUCGUGAAGAGUCUCUGGAAAGAAGGCAAGCUCAGAGAGGCGGCUGCUGUGGAAGAGCGAAGCGAGGAGCUAAACGAUGCUCUUCCACUUGCUUUACCUGGGCAUAUGUUCACCAUGAACUCUUCAGACCUCAGAAGAGUCUAUGAGAUAUACUCUAAUAGUUUUGCAACAAUGAAUACUUUGGAUGUAUAUAUGGAUCAAGUAUAAAGAGCUAAACUCUUUAUUUCACCCUCUUUUAUGCAUGAGGUAGAGCCAAUAUGCUUACCUAUUGAGCAUUUCUUUGAGAUGAUUCAUGCUCAAUCAAGCGGCCAAAAUGA